AUUAAACACCCUAAGACACUAUAUAAGGCUGGUAUUGACACAGAAACUACAGAGAACAACAUAGACUGCUACUUUGAGAAUGGAGAUGACAAUGCAUUUUCCACUGUUGCUGCUGAUCUGCUCUCUCUGCUCAGCUCAGCUUCAAACAGAGUCUGACAAUGAAGUCAUUCCACUUGCAAAGGAAACUGAACCCCAGAGAAGAGAACCAACAAAUGCUUCUGACCGACAACAGACCUGUGUGCAAGACAUCCAUGCUGUGGUGAGAGAGAUGAGCAUCGCCUUGGCUGAACAGAGAGUGGAGAUAAAGCACUUACAGAGGGAGAAUGAAGCACAAGCAAUUAAACUGAAAGAAGUGGACCUCCAGAAGACUGAGCUGGACCUCCAGAAGACUGAGGUGGUCAAGUUAAAGCAACAACUUCAAGCACAAACAGCAGAGCUGAUCACCAUUAAAGCCAGAACAAAUGUCACAGAAAACCAGGUGGAGGCUCUAAAGAGAGAUGGAGAAGUCAAACAGGUGGCUUUCUCAGCCUCUCUGUCGGCUUCAGGAUCAGCAUUACUUGGCCCAUUUAACACACACACUCUUCUGGUCUUCCGACAUGUUGUUGCAAACAUUGGAAAUGCCUACAACCCAAACACAGGUUUUUUCAUUGCACCAGUGAGAGGAGCCUACCACUUUGAGUUCUACAUAGGUGCACAGGGACAUGCUUCACAUGCUUCAGCUGCUGUGUUGUUCAAGAACGGAGAGCAUAUUUUCAUUACAUAUGAGCAUCAGCCAUCUGGUCGUGGGUCUUCUGCUAAUGGUGCCACCCUGCUUCUAGAGGUCGGAGAUGUUGUGUUUUUGCAUCUGUGGGCAAACGCAAGAAUAUAUGACGAUGAUAAUCACUUUAGUACCUUCAGUGGACAUCUGCUUUUCACCAUGUGAGCAGGAAAUUAGUCAUUUUUUUGUGAGCUUGCGAUGCAUAUACUGUAUCAGUGUAUCAAGGCUUGAUAAAUAAAAUUGUCAUUUAUUUUUUCCUUUCAUAUGAAAACUAAUUGACAAUACUGCAAACAACAAUAAUAUUUUAUAAAAUGCAUGAGUUUUUUAUUUUUUAUUUUUUUCACCUGCAUCUGUCUCUGGGUUUGUAUCAAAUUUGUAAAAAGUAAAUUUACAGUAUUUACCCUGUGUAUGAAAACUGGAUUACAAAGCUUCACAGCAACAAUAAUUUCUAGAUAUUAAAUUAACAAUGUCGGACCAAAAAAAGCAUGAACAUUUUUCUAGCUUGUAGACCAGUGACCUAUUGGAAAAUACUUACACUGUAGAUCCAUUG